AUGAAGGUUGAAUCUAACUAUGUUGACGGCGAAGGAACGAGGUUGGUGGACGUGGCAUUAGAUAUGUCGUGGCAUGUGGUCGUGGAAUGUUCUCGAAAAGAGGGCCGUGGCAGCAAGCGGAGCCUGAGGUCGCCGCCCGUCCAGCGCCAGCGGUGUGUGCAGCUGGAGGGGGGCGAAGGCGACGACGACGGGGCGGGGGUGCCAGGCCGGUCUCCCCGCCCUCUCCCCUCGUCGGCCGAGCACAGAGACGUCGUCCUAGAGGUUGACCCCAUCCGAGUGACUACCGAGACGCCCUCGCCGGAGGUGCCCGUCGUGGUGGUGGCGACGGCCGAGGGCGGCACGCGCACGCAGGCCCUCUACCGCCACCGCGGCCGGCCCGCCCAGCCCUCCUCCUACAGCCACAGUGCCUCCGCCGGAGACCCGCUCCCGAGAACACACACAUAUCACAAGUACGGCAGCGCCAGCUUCGACCUCGCGAGGCCCAGCGGCUACGAGAAGGCGCGCGCGGCCUUCCACACGAGUCGCAGCAGCUUCGAGGGCGACCGGCGGCUGUCCCUGAGCGCCCGAGGGGCAUGUGAGAGCUUCGACAAGGGCGUGGGCUCGGGCAGGCACUUGCCAUCCAUGGAAACGGCGUCCAGGCCGUGCAGCAGCGGCAACGCCAGCGAGCGGACGCUGCCGGAGGGCCCGCCGCGGGGAGGCUUCCGCCGCAGCCGCAGCGAGAGGGUGGGCGGCGGCUCCUCGUCGGGCUCGUCGCCGGCGCGCAGCGAGUCGCUCCGCGUGGCCAGGACGCGGCCGCGCCUCCAGGACGUCGAGAUGGCCGAGAUCUGCGCGCCCCGCAGGAUGCACUACGACGAGUAUAGACUGUCGGCCGACCUGAGCCCGACGGCGCCCGUGGUCAGCAGCGGCGAGAGCGGCGUGGCGACCUCCGGCAGGUACUCCUCCUGGAGAUCCGUCGGCGUCGCGGGCCUUCGUCAGUCGUCCCUCGAGAGCGGCGAGCUGGAGGACCUGAUGGAGAACCGGAGGCACGUGGAGCAGCGUCGCCUCCUCCUCCAGGCGGACUCCACGACGCCUUCGGACGAGGACGAGGAACCGAGGAGCAAAGUCAGAUACAACGACAUGGGGUCGCUGGAGCAGCGUCGUCCUAAGCUCAAGAUCUUCCAACAGGUGAACGAGGAGAUGGCUGACCUCUUGGACGACUCCAGCGUUGCCUCCAAUGACGCGCAGGAGAAGAUCAAGGUACAGUGUCGCGCCCUUUGGCAGCUGCGAGCUACCCUGGAGGAGGAGGACCCCGAGGAACCCGACUCGGACUCCGGCAGGAUGGAGGUCUUGAGUUCUCCUGACCACCACUCGCCGGGCAGGACCUCGGACCUUGAGAACGUAACCAGCGCCACCAGUCACACGACAUCCUUCGAGAGCAACACAGAGGCCAUAGUGGGCGGCGAAUCGGGCGGCAUAGAAGGCACCACGGGCGAGGAGGUGGGCGGAGUCUGUCGCGAGGAGGUGGGCGAAGUCUGUCGCGAGGAAGUGGGCGGAGUCUGUCGCGAGGAGGUGUCCCAGGGAAGAGCCGAGACGGAGACAACGCAGACGACCCUCACCCUGCCGUCUUCGGAGGCGAGGCGCACCUCCUACAGAGCCAUAUUAGCCAGCAGACUAAAGCAACUGGACGCCUCGACCCGCCCGCCGCUCUCAGCAGAGAACAGCUUCGACUCCGUGGACACCGAGUGCUCCUCGACGACGGACUUGAGUCGCCCCGAGGCCCUCACCACGAGCUUCGACUCCACCACCGACUGCCCGACGGACUCCACCAGCGACACGCACUCGCACCGCCUGCAGCAGAUGAAGGCCGACAGCGGCUACAGGAGUCUGGAGGCCAACAACGGUCGUCCUCCGAAGCUCAGUAAAAAGCAGAUCCACUUCAUGGAGGACAGCGUGGAGGUCACCGAGGUGGACGUGGAGCGGGACCGCAGCCGGGAGCGCCCCCGAAGCACGGACUUCUCCCAGGACCUUCCUGACGAGCUGGGGGACCCGCAGAGCAAGAGAGAGAGGCUCAGGAAGAGUUUUGCUCAGUUCGAGAGGCGCACCAGCAAGUCCCUGACCAAGAAGCGGCGAGAGGCCCUGCGCGAGAGACACGCCUCCCUCGACACGGCGCUCAGCGUCCCCCUCUCCGGCCCCCUCAUCGGCGUGGGCGGCUCCCUCGAGGUCGACGCCGCCACCACCGACGAGAUCAGCGGCAAGAGGUCCGUUCUCGCGCGGUUCCUCCGGACGCACCGGUACCCGGCGGCCCACUAUCGCCUUCUGCAGCGCGACUACUCCAUAGACGAGAAAUCCGAUCGCCUGUUCAAGGAAUUCAGUCGGACGGAGGUCCCCCUGGAGUGGGAGCCCCCCAACAGACGGAGCUCUCGCUUCUACACCAGCAGGCGUCUCCACCGGCACCUGGACGCCGAAGGGUCGCCCAGGUCGCACCGCCGCAAGCUCUCGCCGCAGGACUCCAUCGAGGAGGAGGACCAGAUGGCCGCCGCCCUGUGGGAGGGGGAGGUCUCGCGGCCCGAGUCGCUGACAGGGUCCAUCGCGGGCGACGACGUGGCCUCCUUCGCCGUGACCGAGGAGGCUGAGUGACGCCCCUCGCUCUCCAGGAAGACAAGAUAGGCCUGCCACACGUGAAGGAGUGGAUAGCGCUGUCUUGCCCAAGAAGUGGGUGUCAGUCAGCGAGGUGAUAUCCGGGACAGAAGUCCGUGACUGCAAUCGGAGGGCUGAGUCAGCUGACGUGCGGGUUUUUUAUUGAUGGUGAAUAGUGUGUUCGCAUAUCCUUCUCUAUCGAAUCUCGUCGACUAGUUCAUUAUUAGCUCUUCUUAUUUGAGUCACGUAGUGAUAGUGUGAAGGUGGAUACAAAGUGACUCGCGCACACAGCGGUCUCCGUCGGUGGCAUAAAAAAGGGAUGGAAUUACAGUCAAACAAAUAUAUCAAAAAAACAUUCCCGGAGAAAAAAAUAAUAAUGAUGAGUAGCAAUAGAAAAGGCGUUUCCCUUAAUGUAUUUCACCUAUAGUAAAUAUUUUUCCUCCCUAUAAGCAUGUUGCAUACGAGUGUUCAAGAGGAAGCUGAAAGAUGCAAGUUCCAGUCACAGAAACAGGAACGACAUGCUAUAACUUAAAGAUGAGUGAAUGAAGUGGACAUGAAAAUGAGGUCAACGUAGUGUUCAUGAUUAUUACCACAUUUUUUUUUUCUCGCAGGGUUCUUACUAUCUAUUAAGAAUGAUAUUAUAUAGGUCCCAAAUAUACUUAUAAUGUUACAAGAUACAAAACGUAAAGUAAUUAGAAGAUACAUGUGCUACACAAAGCCGACAGCGGUAUUCCAUGAGUGAAGUGCAUAUGUACUCGGCAAUACACAUUUGUGAUCAACUGUAGGGUUAAGAGAGUGUUAAAAGUGGAUGAUUUAUAACUUAAGCCCUGUGGUGUAGUGAUGAGUGUGUUUGUACAAGACGAGGACCACGAGAAACAAUCAGGUAUUGGCCAGCUUGUUACCAGUCGCCCCUUCCCUGUCCAUAGAUGAAAAAAGGCAUUUAUUUUAUGAUGAAGAAAACAAAACAAAGAAUUAAAAAUCAUUCAUUUAUACUCAAGUGCCUCGUGGUAGUUAAACGUCUUUGUCUUGAUAUCCAUUCUAGUUUUUCCAUUGCUUAUAAUGCCUGAUAGAUUGGAAUACACGAUUGUAUAAGGGAUCUGUGGUAUGAGCAGCUUCAUCUUCAGACUGAUAAUACGCUGGUCGGAUGCUGAUGAUGUGUUUUCGAAACGUGGUCCUUCUAAUAAAUAUAGUUUGUUCUGCUUAAGAUGUCCGUCUUGCUCGAUACAAAAGUGACAAUUCAGGUUUGACUCAAGUUCUAGGAAUACUGAUUAUGCAUAUGUAUAUAUAUGUGUG